CUUUCGUUGACAACUCUGUGGAAAGUUUUUUUCUGAAGGCAAAUAGACGAUAAUUAGGAAAUAUUGAAUACCUUUAUAAAUAAAGUGUUUAAUUGUAAGCCAAUACGCAUUCGAAUAUAAAAACAUCUCAAAUGUGCUUUAAGUUUUGCUUCUCUGUACGCAAAAAAAUUGAACUAAUGUACGGCUUGUAUUAGGUAUUCUGUUAAAUUUCAAGCAUCAUAAUAAAUAAAAAUAGGGACCGAUUUAGCAGCAUGGAUUUUGCCAGUGUACUGCAGAAGAAUGAACCUCACCAGCGCACAAUAAUUCACAUAGAUAUGGAUUAUUUUUACGCUCAAGUGGAAGAGAUUAGAGAUCCCACAUUGAAAUCCCGUCCAUUGGGAGUGCAGCAAAAGAACAUUGUCGUAACGUGUAACUAUAAUGCCAGAGCGAAAGGUAUUAAAAAGCUUAUGCUGGUUUCAGAGGCCAAGAAAUUAUGUCCCGAUUUAGUAUUAGUGGUUGGCGAAGAUUUGACACCUUAUCGACAAAUGUCACAAAAAAUAUUUGAAAUCUUGCUAAACUACACGCCUUUAGUUGAAAAACUUGGAUUCGAUGAGAAUUUCAUGGAUGUAUCCGCGCUGGUAGAGAAGAGAGAACAAGAAAAAAAUCAACUGGAAAGUGAUGAUAUUGAUGCACCUACUGUUGUUGGUCAUAUAUAUCCCUCAGAUGGAACAACUUUGAAUGCAUGUCGCUGCGGCUGUGCGUAUCGCUUGGCAUUGGGAACACAAAUUGCUCAGGAAAUAAGAGAGGAAUUGAGCAUAAAACUCGGUCUAACCUGUUGCGCAGGAAUUUCCUAUAAUAAACUUUUGGCCAAACUUGUAGGAUCUCAGUAUAAACCAAACCAACAAACUGUUUUGGUUUCCACUCACGCUGAACAGUUUAUGCGAGAAUUAUGUGACCUGAAUCGGAUCACAGGUAUUGGGCAAAAAACUGAAUGCCUUUUACUGGAAAGUGGUGUAAAUAAUGUUGAAGAACUGCAGCGAUGCGAUAUAGACUUCCUGAAGAAAAAGUUCGGAUUUGAAACUGCCACAAAGUUGAAAGAUCUUGCGUUCGGACGUGAUAAUUGUGCAGUCAGGCCAACGGGAAAGCCAAAAACAAUUGGUUUGGAAGACUCUUGCAAACCAAUAUCGGUGAGGACUGAUGUCGAGGAGCGCUUUCGUCUUCUUUUACUUCGGUUAAUGGAACAGGUUGCUGAAGAUGGUCGCAUACCGAUAUGCAUUAAGGUUGUAUUACGCAAGUUUGAUUUGCAAAAAAAGAGCAGUCAUCGGGAAACCAAACAAGCCAAUAUUCUGCCAUCGCUUUUCAAGUCUUAUUCAUGCGCUGAUAGCGGCGGUCCAAAAGUGGUGCUAGCAGAUGGUGCACAAGAGAAACUAUUGAAGAUCGUAAUGCGUCUGUUUGAACGGGUUGUUGAUCUAAGCAAACCGUUUAAUAUCACGCUAAUAGGACUGGCUUUCUCAAAAUUUCAACAGCGAAAAGUUGGAUCGUCUUCAAUUGCCAAUUUCCUCAUUAAAAAGACUGACCUAGAAGUUCAGUCUAUUACUUCUCUAACUAACACUGAUGUUGAUGCCAUUGGCGUUACUGUUGAUGAUACAUCCCAUUCUACUCCAAACCUGCCCAGUAGUGACAACGAGGGAUUUCGUUCGUCGCCUACAACCUUCCAACCGAGCGAUCAGUUUUAUCGAAGGCGCACCACGGCGGCAUCCCCCAUUCCUAUGCUAGUGGAUAACGGUUCUGAAUCUGGAGCAACAAAUUCAGACUUUUCAGAUUUUUCAGAAACGGAGGUUGAACCAUCUCCGAAAAAGAGUAGAAUAAGUCGCUUGUUGCUCAAUAAACGUCGCUGUUUUGGUAAUUCGGCUGCAUAUAAUUCUCCAUGCGAGUCUGCUGCAGAUGUUGCUUCACCAAGCAAAUUGCGAGUUUGCGACCUACGACUUAAUUCUAGAGACAGCGACAGAGAUUUUUCAAUGACAUCGUUUACAAGUGCCUCUCCUAAUAAUACACCGACAUCUCCAUUAUCGAUUUCAACAACUGCCACAACUCAGACCCUGUCCGUUCAAACCUCAAACUUAACUGAUAGUUUAGAAGAUUUUCGAGCAAAUGCUUUGGUUUUUUCUGAGCAGCAUUCAAUGUCCUCCUCACCGAGCAUAAAUAAUAUUCCUAUGGAUUCUUGCACCAGCGCCGAACAAUCUGAAACAAACAACAAUGCGAAACAGUAUACUACAAGCAUCACUAAUCAGAAUACUAAAAAUACUGGCAAUCUUGCCAACAUUCCGUGUCCAGCAGGCGUUGAUCCCCAGGUUUUCAAUGAGUUACCAGUCGAUGUUCAAAACGAACUAAUAGCUUCGUGGCGAAGUUCACUAGCAGCUGCUGCUGCAGCCGUAGCUAAUGGAACUUUAUCUUCAUUAGGACCAAGCGGUGCAGCUAAUGCCUCACAGAAAUCUAACGUAGUAAAUAAUACUGCUAAAGCAGGAGGUGGAGGAGUAAAUUCCACAGCCACCCAGAAAAAUACUCUUUAUCGGUAUUUUUUGAGAAAUAAGUAAAGUUGUUUUAUACAUAAAUGUAUUUGAAAAACGUGAACCCCCUUCGAAUAAACAAAAAAAAAUGUUUUGUACGAUAAUCAUAUUGAAAAAAAUAUAAUACGGUUGAGAGAUUCCUUA